AAAAUGUCGAAAAAUUUAAAAUAUUACUACGAUCUUAUGUCCCAGCCAUCCCGGGCGCUGUGGAUCUUUUUGGAGAAAACCAAAAUUCCCUACGAACAGCGUAUGGUGAACUUGGGCAAGGGCGAACAUCUUACCGAAGAGUUUAAAGCGAUCAACCGAUUCCAGAAGGUACCGUGCGUCACCGACAGCCAGAUCAAGCUGGCCGAGAGUGUGGCGAUCUUUCGCUAUUUGUGCCGCGAGUAUAAGGUACCGGAUCAUUGGUACCCAGCCGAUUCUCGACGCCGUGCCCUCGUGGACGAGUAUCUGGAGUGGCAGCACCAUAAUACGCGUGCCCUCUGUGCCACUUACUUCCAGUAUAUGUGGUUGCGACCCCGUAUGUUCGGCAGCAAGGUGGAUCCGAAACGGGCCGAACAGUACCGAGAGCAGAUGGAAAGCUGUCUGGACUUUAUCGAGGGGGAGUUCCUGGGCGGUGGAUCGCGUUUUAUCGUGGGGGAUGAGAUUUCUGUGGCCGAUUUGUUGGCGGUGUGUGAAAUCGAACAAUCGAGAAUGGCCGGCUAUGAUCCGUGCGACGGUCGCCCCAAUCUAACGCAAUGGAUGGCAAGGGUACGCGAAUCAACCAAUCCGUUCUACGAUCAAGCGCACAAGCUUGUCAACAAAAUUGCUCAAGAUACGACCUCCAAACACAAAUUGUAA